GGUGACCCAGCACGGGCGAUGCCUGACAUCAGGGCGGCGCUGCUUGCCCGGGCAGGUACCAGCAGCGAUGGGACGAGGUGCAGGCCAGCGAGGACAUGCUGCGGCUGGAGAAUGAGCAGAUGGCCACCGACAACAAGGAGAUCGUGGCCUUCCUCAAGAGGACCCUGAACCAGCGGGCGGACGAGAUCGCCGAGCUCCACGACCAGAUGCUGGGCCUCCAGCAGGCCAAGGAUGCCGAGAAAGACGCUUUCGAGGCCCAGCUGGCCCAGGUGCGGCACGAGUUCCAGGAGACCAAGGACCAGCUCACGUCCGAGAACAUGCUGCUAAGUGGGAAACUGGCCGCAUUGGAAGAGUUCAGGGUCCAGAAGGACGAGCUCAUGGCCAAGUUUGCGACCCUGGAGGAGCAGCUGCAGAAGCAGGAGGAAGGUCACAAGGAGUACACUUACAACCUGGAGAGGAAGAUGGUGCUGGACAGGGACAGGCUGAAGAAGGAGAUGGUGCAGCGCGUCAAUGUGGUGGCAUCCGAGUUUCGCAAGGUGUCCCACAGUCAGAUGGCUGAGACCACCAAGCGCGCCAUCCGGGAGAAUGUGGCCAUCAGUGUCCAGCUGACCAAGCUGUCUGACCGCAGCUAUGACCUCCUCCAGGAGAAUGAGCAGCUGAAGGAGGCUCAGGUUGAGAUGCAGAAGCAGCUGGAGAUGCUGGAGCACAAUGAGAAGGAGAUGGCCAAGAACAGCUUAAGCCACCAGAAGAUGAUCUGGAUGCUCAUCCGGAGAUGCAAAGAACAGAAGCUGCUGCUGAAUGAGUACACAAAGCAGAGGGAGGCCAUGCGCCACUUGGAGAUGGCCCACAAGGAGCUGCAGGGAGAGAGCCAGGCACUGAGAGAGAGGUUGCAGGAGCUGGAGGAGGAGGCAAGGAGGAGGGUGGCAGAAGGGCAGAGUCAGGCCAGGCUCCUGGAAGAGGAGCAGAAGCAGAGGAAGAAGGCAAAAAGCGUCCUGGCUCGGGUGGUGUAUGUCCUGAAAGAGCUGCUGCUGGAGAAGCCGGUUGAUGAGGAGGAAGGCGAGUUUGAUGUCAUAUUCCAGCUGCGGCGCAAGGAGAAGCUGCAGAGUCUGCUGGCCCUGGUGCAGCAGGCAGUUCGGGGGGAGCAGAGGCUUCCGGAGCAGGAGUUGCCACCACUGAGAAUGGCCAGCAGGGAGCGCCAGUUGGAGCGGUAUUUGGGGCUGGGGGGCCUGUGCCGAGAGGGCUGGGCUGCAGGGGCAACGCAGGAAGAAGCUCUGUUCCUUGUCCAGGCCAUCUCCAUGUUGCUCCCAGGUCCAGUGCCCUGGAGGGGCAGGUCCAUGAACCAGGAGCUGUCACAGCCUUGCAAGGUCCAGCCAGCUGCCCCCAGCCCUGCAUGUGAAGGCUUCCCGUGUGCUGUCUCACCACUCGAUUAUGUGGCAGGGGCAUGUGCCGCAGCUGUGCCACAGCAUGCCCAACAUGAGCCAGCUAGGCCUGCUGCCCGAGACCACCUACUUCAGGACCCUCCGUGCCUACAGCAGCAGCCCAGAGCGACUCGUGACUUCCUGGCCAGAGGAGACGCAAGGGAAGCAGCCAACCACCCUGCCCAAGGUAGUGGCUAAAUCCUCCUGACAGCAGAGGCUGGGCCCUACAGGAAGCCUGCGGGGACAGACACCUUUCCU